AUGCCUAUCAUAAUGUGGGUGCCAGGAACCGAUUUCCAUAAGCUUGUCAUUACCUCAUCACAGCAAAGCUUUGCGUUGGCUGAUAUCCAAGGAUUAGCUCAUCAUCUUGGUGAAAAGCUUGAUAUGAUGCUGAAGAACCCUGAGCUUACUUGUGGCAUUGGUGAUAUAACAUCUGUAUUCCUUGAUGCACUUGGCGGAGAUACUAAGGGUAUACGCGAUGAUAUGCAGAAGUUAUCCGCAGGAUAUUGCUUCCUUAAUGAUCCUCUGAACAAGCUCCGUGAUCUUGAGACAGCUAUUGCCAGAUCAAUCCUAUCAGCAAGCAACAUUGAAGAAAGUUACCUAGUUCGAUCUAUUAGCCCUGAUGGGUCCAUUGCAUGGGAUCAUGAUGGGAUCAAGAAAUGGAUGGGCUUAGCAAAAGAGGUGCUUACUACCAUGUUCGUGUUGAUCCAUUUGACAAGCGGCCAACCAGCUCGUGGUGAAGAGCUCUCACUGAUCCAUAUAACCAACACGCUGCAUACGACCAGGAAUAUCUAUUGGUCACAAGCUCAUGAUCGAAUGAUAAUUGUCACUUCCUAUGUUAAGAGCCGCGAGCGGACCCAUCAUGAUAAUUACAUUGCACGAUUCUUGCCAGAGAGUUUAUCCAAGCAACUUGCAGCAUACCUAGCUAUUAUUCGCCCAUUAGAAAAGCUUUUUAUUUGCGAGUUGUAUGGCCAGGAUAAGAUGGAAAGCUGUCGUCAUCACCUUUUUAUUGCAAAUGGGAAGCCUAUCAAUGGAUCAACUUUGCGGUACCUUUUUAUGAGUCGCACACAGAAGUUUCUUGGCAAACAUGUUACCUUCAAUCAAUAUCGACACUGCGCAAUCGCUUUUGCUAGGCAGCUUAUCAAAAACAAUGACCGCGGCAACCCUUCUAUUGAUUGGCAAGCAGGCCACUCUGAAUACACAGCUACAUUGGAGUAUGCUCGUAGCGAUCAUGAUCUCAGCUACCUUGAUCCUAUGGCUGCUCAUGGGUUUUACCUAGCAUCAAAGGAGUGGCAAGACCUUAUAUAUGGAUCAUCAACCAUUCUUGCUGUUGGAAAAGAUAAAGAUAUGCAGCUGCAGCAGCAAGGUCGUGACAAGGCAAAACAGGAAGUGGCACAUUAUCUUGCACUCCUUGAGAUGAGAUCACAGAUCAUGCAACGUAAUUUGAUGCUUGAAUCGGCUUUAUUAACAAGACCUGAGACUGGGCUAACGGGCUCAAUGAACAUGAUACCUUCGCAUGGUAUUCAACCAGGCAACAUCUUUUAUUGCAAGGCACUUGAGGGGCUUCAUGAAUAUCUCGGUGAUCCAUCAGCUACGUUUACAAGUAGUACUCAAUGCACUGCAAUCGCUGCUGCUAUUGAAGGUGUGCAUUCUAUUAUGUGUGUUCUCCCAACCGGUGCAGGCAAAUCUUUGGUUUUUGCUAUCCCAGCCUUGAUGCAAGCCUAUGGAAAGAUUACAGUCAUUGUUGUGCCUCUGGCAGCUCUUGUGCUUGAUCAUGUUGAUAAUCUGAAUGCUCGUGGUAUACCCUGUAUGAUAUGGCAUAAAAAUUCCACUUGCAAGCUCGGCAUACCAAACACUAUGCGUAUCGUGGUUGUGUCUGUUGAGGCGGCAAUUAGCACAGAAUUCAUCAAUGCCUUGCAAGUCUUACAUGAUACAAAUCGCCUUGAACGAAUCGUUGUGGAUGAAGCCCAUUUAGCGAUCACGUGGAAUGACUUUAGGCCGGAUAUGCUCGAUCUCAUCUUAUUGCGAAAAGUGCCAACGCAGCUGAUCUUGCUGUCAGCAACCAUACCACCACACGACAUACAAGGGGAUCUAGUAGCAGCAUUUGGAACAAGGUUUGACCUUGUGCUGAGGGAACCCACAUACCGACCUAAGCUCAAAUAUCAUAUCCAGUGGCAUGAUUCUGACACGCUUAUGCGAGACGCCUUAGUAAAGCAGCUACAAAGUUUUGAGACAAGUAUUGCUAAUAGCGAGAGAGGCCUUGUUUUUGUGACAUCACGCGAUAAGGCAGAGUCCCUGGUGAAAGAUUUGGAAACGCGUGUGCCAUGGACCAAAGCACAGUAUUACCAUGGCAAGAUCAGCGAUGAUAAGAAGAAAGAUGUACUGAAAGCCUGGAAGACUGGGGAAUGCAAAGUGGUGGUAGCAACAUGUGCCUUCGGUAUUGGCAUUGAUUUCAAAGAGGUGCGCUUUGUCAUGCACUUGGCUGGAUCAUCAAGUGUAUUGGAUUAUAUACAAGAGACGGGGCGUGCUGGCAGAGAUGGAACAAACGCUGAAUGUAUCCUAUUUGCGAAUCGAAAGGCUCAGGUGGCUCUGAACAACAUGGAUGUUAGUACUAUUGUACGCCAGCAGAGACCCCUGUAUGCUGGUAAAAAGGAGCUGGCAGCGAUAUUGCUUUCUGGUGGGUGUAUACGCAAGUUGUUGCAAGCAAAGGUGGACGAGAACCCGAAGACAUGCAUUGUGUGA